AUGGCCGGAGGCGCCGACUGGACUUCAGGCAUAGCGCACAAAGAGUGGCGUAGGGCGGGCGCCAAGAACCAGGUGGCCAAGUUACAGUUCUACGGGUACCGGCUGUCGCCACGGGAUGACGGCUUCAGCCCCAUUCACGACGCAGCAGACGGGCUUUCGAGCCGACAUCCACUUGCUCUGCGGAGAGCAGGAGCCGAGGCCGGCGAAGAGGAGAGUGCAGCCGUAAAGCGGGCGUCUAAAAAGAACACGGCCCGCCGGCCAUUAGGCGAAGUGCAGCGCGAGGAGCGGGCGGACGAGUCCGCUACUCGGCAGCUCCAGCUCCAGCUCCAGCUGCAGCGCCGGGUAAUUGCGGAGCGCGGCGUCCGCCUCCAGCCGCCGCAGCAUCAGCCGCAGCACGACCUCAAGGAGGGAGGCGGAGGCGGCGGCGACCCGCGGCUGGGACCGCUGUGCGACCUGCCGCCCCCGCAGCCUCCACAUGGCGCGCCCGCCGCCUCUGACGGCGACAAGCCCGCCAAACAGAAGCGCCACCGCACGCGCUUCACGCCGGCGCAGCUCAACGAGCUGGAGCGCUGCUUCUCCAAGACUCACUACCCCGACAUCUUCAUGCGCGAGGAGAUCGCCAUGCGCAUCGGGCUCACCGAGUCCAGGGUGCAGGUACUGUCCAGCUACACGACCAAUCAACCCGUUUUCAACUAG